CAAACACAGCACACACAUGCACCGCCGCACACAUUCACAGGCACACUCUCAACUCUCAGCACAUAUUGUAGUGAAUGUCCUGACGAGACACUAACGCUGGCUGUGGACUGUGUGGAGCAACACCUCCGCAGGUUAAAUACUCGGGAGAGGAGACCGUUGCUACACCAAGAGAAGAAAACCUGCAUUACAGUCAAGAUGGAGACUGGUCAAGAACGCAAGCCAAAAAGACCCCACUACAUUCCCCGACCGCCUGGCAAACCCUUCAAGUAUCAGUGUUUCCAGUGUCCUUUUACCUGCAACGAAAAGUCCCAUCUCUUUAACCACAUGAAAUACAACUUGUGUAAAAACUCCAUCUCCCUGAUGUCACAGAAAACGGGGCAAACGGCCCGGCAGGUCAAAGCCGUAGCAAAGGGAGUCCCUGUCAUAUCCAAGGAUUGUCCGAGCCCCGUGCAAGCAGUUCAGAAAGACAGUCCUGAGAAAGAGGACGCUGAGGAGAACAAAGAUGUGAGCAGAGAGGACACAGAAGAGGUAGACGUUGGGUGUGAGAGUCCUGUGAAUAAAGACAGCCAGAAUGUUACAACACCAAAUACAGUUACAGAAAGGGAGAAUAGCGAGAGCAAUGAAGCCACGUCUCUGCCACGCCCAUCUGCAUUCUCCCCUGUCACACCCAACCGCGAUGGAGCCGAAGCCUUCAAGUCAUCUGUGCAGCAGUCAGAGGAUUCGCAAACCCCUGCUCCGGCUUUCAACCACCCGGGCUUCCCAUGGGGCACGAUUUCAUCAUCCAUCCCCUUGAAACCAUUACCCUCUCCCGUGGUUCCUGAAUACCCGACUUAUCUCCUGCCUGACCGGCCCCUGUAUCCGUACUACCUCUCGGGAAAUCCCCAUGCAAAUGAGCCAAACUCUUCUUCUUUCCAGCCGGAGUUUCUGGAUCCCCAGAGGCCCGUGAUGCCACAGCCCAUAGCCCCACCUCACACUUCCCUCUUUCCAACAUACGCAUACAGAUACUGCCACCCUCUUCACCCGCCCCCUCCUAUGCAUUACACCCUGUACAGACCACAUGAGCUCUCCAUGCCAAUCGCGGGACCCAGAUAUGUUCCUUUGGAUUUUUAUGACCAAACCCUUAGGCCCAAGGAUUAUGACUUAUACAUGCAUUCACAUCCCAGACACAAUGGCCUCAGCACGUCUGCACAAGAGCAGAGCAACCAUGGGCAAAGUGGGGACAAAGGGACCAGGCUAAGCCCUAAAGAGGGUUGUUCGGCGUUGGGGUCCCCGGACAGACCCAGCCAUGCACACACCAUCCAGAGAGACACAGAGGCACUGCACUACACCAGCAUGGGUGAUUCUCAGACAAACACCCAACUAGAACACACAGCUACAGCCGUGCAAAACAUGAAACCUGACUCAAGACAAGAGGAGUCUGCUGAAAGCUUGCUGAAUUUAAGAAUUCUGCAUGUGGACAGAGGGUCGGCAGAGAGCAGCAGUUAUUCCUCCACAUCCGUCUCUGAGCCAUGUCCUGAAACUGCGUCGGAGCAAGAUGAAGAGGACACCAGAGAAGAUCUGGCUCCACUCAACCUCUCAACAAGAAGACAGCACAAAGAAAAUAGUCCAUCUGACCACAGACUGAGGUGUUCUGAUUCAGAGAAAUUGAAGGGGGAUGAGUUGCCUCUGAACCUCAGCCUUCGAGCUUCUCACAGCAGCCCUGAAAAUCUUCAGCAGAGGCCGUACGAUGAGCUGGAUGAAGAGACGUGUGACCAGAGGCAGACUGCAGCACUGGCACUCUGUCAGCUAGCGAGUGCAAGCUCCGCUGUCUGCUUGAGUGACUUCAGCACUGCAGACAGGCCCGCAGAGUAUUCCACUGGUACUGGAAGUCUUGGCUCUCAAGAGGAGACGAAGCAAACUGGCCUGAAGAGAGCAAAGAGUGGCCAGUCUGAAAACAACUGCCAUAAACCAAAGAAGCGAGCGAAAGCUCAGGGACGGGUUCUGAGGAGGAGGCCUCGCUGACGCUGACAACUAAACUAUGACUGUUAUGAUACUUGGUAAUAAGCACAUAAUGUCUCCAACCUUUACCACUGUAAGCCUCAACAUGAACAGAUCAACUUAAUGUUAACAUAUUAACUGAGCACUGAAAGAUUUAAUUAUUCAAGUAGAGGAGGAUAUGACAAUGUCUACAGAACUGUCACAUGGUCAAUUGUAAAAAAUAAAAAUAAAUACGAAAACUUGAUAACUUGAAACAAGCUAUCACAGGUUUGUGCACAUUAUGUUUUGUUCUCAUACUUGAUUUGAAUAGGUGAAAAGCUUUUUUAUAAGGGUUCUCAAUAUUUAAAUCUGAGAUGUGGUGAUGCACUGUAAAUGUAAAUAUUUCAAAUAAAAAACUGACAAAAACUGAA